CUGGAGCUUCUGAGCAGUCUUCAAAGGCAACCCCAAGGAGAGUGUGUGGUAGUAAUCGGGAAGUAACAAGAGUGUGGACCACCAUCUCUGCAUUUCCUCUUCUCAUGGGUCAUUAUGCGUUGUCUUCACCAUUUAUUGCUGGAAGGAGAGGACAAGUGACUGGCCUGUGACCUCAUAAGAGACUCCUGAAGUUACUGUGAUGUAAUGGCUACUCAAAUCUUGGUGGUCACCAGAAAUCUUCAGAGUUUUGCUCUCCUUGCUGGCUUUGUCCCUUGGAGGAGAAGGUGCUUCUUGAAUUGGUUGAACCGGAUCCAGUCCAUCGUCCCAUCCAACCAUGGCGCGCGCAUUGAACAUGGACUCGCUCCAGCAGAACUUCUGGAAGGAGGAGUAUCAGAAGGAGAUGAUGGUGCGGUACAAGUGGCACCAGAAGUACGGGGCCAUUGUCAAGGCCAAGCAGGCCAGCCAGCGGGAGCGGCACCAGCGAGCGGUGGACAACACCCUCCGGCUGCCGUCGGUCAAGGCUCCUACGCCCAUCAAGCCCAAGUCUCCCCCUCCGCCGCCUUCGUCCCCCGCAGAGCCGGCCAGGGAGCGCGACUUGACCGGCCUGGACACCCUGAUCCUGGAGGCCGAGAUGAAGCCGGUGCCUCGGGAAGUGCGGGCCCUCAUCUACCAGGGCAUCUCCCACGAGGACGAGGGGCGCCACCGCUACCUGAAGACACGACUCCUUCUCAACCCUGAAGACAAGUACACCUUCCCGGUCACCACCAAUUUCAACUACGGCUGGCAGAUGGGAAAGAUGGCCACUCUCCACGUGACGCCCAUGCCGAAGUGCCGCAUCGACAGCUUCUACCGCAAGAACGGGGCCUUCUCUUUGCUGCAUCCACGGGACGUGGCUCUCUGAGCCACAUUGCUCCUAUGUUUCCUCUGUCCGCAAACAAGAAACCACAAUCUGUGCUAUGUCUUCACUGUUUUAUUUGCAGAUGCUUUGUUGGUGAAAAAGUUUUGUCAUUAUUUUUGAAUUUAACUUGUGCCAAACCUUGUCAUUUUGACUUAUAGUUUUCCAAUCACGACCUCCCUGCAACCGCCGCACCCCUGGACAAACAAGUGCCACAGAGGCAAGCAAAACAUAAUGUUAGAGACCCUAAAUUGGGUCUUCUUAGGUCCACAUCACGGGAACACAUAAGGAAGGAGACAGUCCCAAAAAAAGAUUCAAAAACAAGGUUUAUUUUAGUUUUUUCAUGAAGAAGACGGACAGCCUGGCAGCAUACCCUUCA